UUAAUAUCGUAUGUGGUAUUAUUAUUCUACAAAUAAACAUUAAAUUAUCUGUUAUUUAUAAUAUUAUUGGGUAGCUAAGGUAAACUCUAGCUAAGUGACGCCUAAAUUAAAAAUUAAACCUUUUUUUGUAAAAUAAAUUGUAUUCAACUUCGCCUAGUAACUCACAAUUAUUAUUAUACAAAUAAAAGUGGGCCAUAUUAAUUUCUUAAUAAAUGUAUUUGUAGAUGAAGAUUACUAUAUCUGAAAGAUGCAUUUUUAAUUUGUGGACAUUAAGCUAAAAACUAAUUUAUGGACGAAUUUCCUUGACUUAAUUACAACAGUAAAUCAAAAUGCUUAUAAAUGCAUGUGAUCCAAUUUUCAAUGCCAGAAUACAUUUGGAUGGAAGUUGUAUAUCUCGAGAAAACUAUUCUGUUGAAAACCUUCUAUCAUCUGAUGAAGAAUUACGAAAAAGAGGUUUUUUGUGUGAAACAUUCAUCCGGCCGCCUAUUAGUUUAACAGUCUGUUUCUCGUUUUCUUUUGAUAUUAAAUAUGUAGUGAUUGGUACUAGAGUAGGGGGUCAAAAAUCUUCAGGAUUUCAAUUAUCUGCUGGGCGUAACAAUAAUGUACUAAGAAUCUGUUCAAUGAUAACUGAAAAAGACACAAUCGUAUUUCAUGACAACAACACGGAUUUAUCUUCCUUUGGAAACAAUUAUGAUAAAUGCUGUUUUAACAUUUCAGCUAGUAGAUCUAUUAGGUCAGCUGAAAUGUUGUCAGUACGUAUAUUCAAAACAGUAAAUUCUAUUCCAGCAAUUAGUAAAUUGGAGGUUUGGGGAAAGAUUUCUUGUAAUGUUUCUCUACAAACACGACAAAUAAUUACUCUUAAAUGGGAAGAAAGUAAAAAACCAAAAGCAAAACAAGUUGAAAUCAUUAAUAACCAACAAAUUAUAGAAAAAAAUCCAGAUAAUUUUAAAAUAUGUGAAGACUUUUUAGAUUCAAUUACUUAUGAAAUAAUGAAUUAUCCUAUGGUUUUACCUUGUGGGAAGUAUGUUGAUAGAUCGACUAUUGAAAAAUGCUUUGAACAUGACGCCACAUACGGGCGUACACCUUGUGAUCCUUUUACUGGAAUACCAUUCACAGACACAUUAAAACCAAUAUUUGUACCUGAAUUAAAAGGACGAAUUGAUUCUUUUCUUAUAAAACAUGUAGACAAUGAAAAUAUUAAGUGUUUACCCCGUACAGUAGGUAAACGAAGUUUUAGUUUUUAUACAGAACGGCAAACAAAAUUAGCCAAAUUACAAUGUAGUACUUGUUAUGAAAAUAGCAAUUUGUAUUCUUUACCUUGCAAACAUCUGCAAUGUAGAAAUUGCCUAAAGGCUGAGAAUAACCAGUGCAACAUUUGCCAUAGAAAUUUUAAUCGAAGUCAAGUUAACAAAUAUCACGAAAACCAUUAAAAACUUGGAAUUUUUAUUUUUAUUUUAAUUUUUUUUUAUUUUUAUUUUUUUUUUUUUUUUGUUUAAUUGAAAUCAGUUAUUAUAACUUAAUUUAUUUUAAUUUUUAAUUACUUGGAUAACAUUCACUUUUCAAGUGAAU